ACAAGAGGAGCAGUCCCAGAAAGAACAGGGCUGGCUGCCUUUCUCAGCGCUGGAAGCCGCGCCAUGCUUGUCCUCCGAAGCUGCCUGACUAGGGCGCUGGCUGCGCGAAGGCUCGAGCCUCAGGUGUGCUCAUCUUUUGCCACAGGCGCCAGACAAUAUGAUGGAACAUUCUAUGAAUUUCGUACCUAUUGUCUUAAACCUUCAAAGAUGAAUGAGUUCCUGGAAAAUGUUAAGAAAAACAUUCAUCUUCGGACAGUUCACUCUGAAUUGGUUGGAUAUUGGAGUGUAGAAUUUGGAGGCAGAAUGAAUAAAGUGUUUCAUAUUUGGAAGUAUGAUAAUUUUGCUCAUCGAACUGCAGUUCGGAAAGCAUUGGCCAAAGAUAAGGAAUGGCAAGAACAAUUCCUAAUUCCAAAUUUGGUUCUCAUUGAGAAACAAGAGAGUGAGAUUACUUAUCUGGUACCAUGGUGCAAAAUAGACAAGCCUCCAAAAGAAGGAGUAUAUGAACUGGCUACUUUUCAGAUGAAACCUGGUGGGCCAGCUGUGUGGGGUGAAGCAUUUAAAAGGGCAGUUCAUACUCAUGUCAAUCAAGGCUACACAAAACUGGUUGGAGUGUUCCAUGCAGAAUAUGGAGUACUCAACAGAGUCCAUGUUCUUUGGUGGAAUGAGAGUGCAGAUAGUCGAGCAGCUGGGAGGCAUCAGUCUCAUGAGGAUCCCAGAGUUGUGGCUGCUGUUCGGGAAAGUGUUAACUUCCUAGGAUCUCAGCAGAAUAUGCUUCUGAUUCCUACGUCAUUCUCACCAUUGAAAUAGUUUUCUACUGAAAUACAAAACAUUUCAUUAACUGGUAUAAAAUGUGUCUGCUAAUGUUGCUUAAAUAUUUCCAAGAGUUUCUCACUUUUAUUUGUAGGAGGUAGUAAGUUAAUUUGCUAUUUCCCUUGCAUUAUUUAAAGCUACCUUUGUCCUUUGUCACCACCACUUCAGGAAAUAGUUCUGUUUAUUUUCUGUUUAUUUUCCUCACAGCAUUUCAGUAUCUGUCAUACAUUAUAAACACUUGUCAGUACUUC